CUUCCCACCCCUCCCCUCGCGCCGCGCUCAACCUCGCGGUGUUGCGCGAUGUUUCGUUACCCGAGUUCCGUAUCCCGCAGUAUUGAUGAAUUUCCAUUUUAGGAAAUCCCCCCGUUUCACCUUAGUAUGAUCACGAAACAGCCGGGGCCGGGUUUCACGCGAACGCUCAGCCGUGGUGUCAAGGCGUUCCUUAUAUUCGAGACCGCGCUGUUCCUCGGCUCGUACGGACUCUGGCGUUGCCUCAACACGUCGCAAGGUGAAUCGCUAUACGCUUGGCCCAAAUUUCAGGUAUUACAUGCGCCAACGUUUUCCAAUUAUAUUGGAGGGCUACUACCUUAUCGGGGAAAAGCUGUCUGGCAACGAUAAUCUGAGGACGUUCGAUUACAAGACCUGGAUGGGAGAGCGCGAUGAGCAUUAAAUCUUCAUGGCGUUGAAGUACUACGUGUCGUCGAUAGUUCUCGGCGGUGGAUUGGGAUACGCUCUGUUUAAAGUCGCCGCGACCAACGAAUCGGAUCUUGUCAAGCAUCUCCCGCCGUAUUCGUCAGAGAAGCACAGUCUUUUUAGACCAUCGUACGGGGAGUCUGCGAAAUUUAUGAACCAAGAAAGGCCGAACGUUAGUUUCAAGAAGUUCGAGACUCAGAGCAGCGUAAACGAUCCUAAGAAAUAGCACUCGUGCACGUAAAAUGGACCCCGCGGAGCUUAUAGAGGAAAGCUUGUCGGAUCGUCUUACGAAGAGGGAUCGGGAGCGAAAGAAUGUCAUCGAGAGGCGGAAGGAGGAACGGCAGUCGCUCGCCGUGGAAUCCGAGCAGAGCGGUUACUUCAAAGACACGUUUUACUCCACCUGCAAGAAGAUCAAGGAUAUGCUGGACGACGCGCCCAGCAGCCCGUCCUCGGCGCUGCCGGGGAUCUUCGAGAAAUCCAACAAGGAGAUCCAGCUGCUUAAGAACUAUUUAUCGCAGUCUAAAAUGUUUCUAAAAGUUUACGAUAUAAGACGCGCGCAGGAGAACCUGCAGUCGUUGGAGAACCAGGCUUCCGAGUUGGAGUUGAAGCUCCUGCCUAAGAAGAAGUUCGGCUUUAAAAAUCGUCGAAUCGUGAAGAAGCCCACCGACAAGGGGCACGACAUCACGGACGGCUUGAAGGACCUCAAGAUAUCCGAGAGCAUUGUGAACGGCUCGGCCAAGCAGAAGAAUAAAUUGUCGAGCAAGUACGGGGACAGCGCCUGCAUGCUGUUGGGCAAGGUGAACGAGCGAAUGGUACUGGACGCCGAGAAUGUAAAUAAGAACGACAUCCUACUUUCCGACUUGGUUCGCUGUACCAUACGGAUAUACGGCACGCCGAGCACCCUGCACAUGGUGAACCUGAAGCAGUGCACCGUACUGGUCGGACCGGUGACGUCCUCCGUUUUCGCGCACGACUGCAGUGACUGUGUAUUCGCAUUCGCGUGCCAACAGCUGCGAUUGCACUCGUCGACGGACUGUACCAUUUAUUUGCACGUCACGAGUAGGGCGAUCAUAGAGGAUUGUACGAAGAUACGCGUAGCACCUUACAACUGGUCUUACGAAGAUCAGACGAGUCACUUUAAUCUAGCCGGCCUCGAUCCAAAGAUUAACAAUUGGAACUGCAUCGACGACUUCAAUUGGCUGUCCAGUGAGAAACAUUCGCCGAACUGGUCGAUUCUCGAACCGGAGCUUCGUGUGAAAGCGUGGGAUUGAAAGCGAAUACUUGUAAAAUAAAGAGGACGAGAGCAAUUAAAACUAAUUCGUUGUAGCGAAAAUGAUUUUGCGAAACCUAAUUUCUCUCUCUCCGAAUGUCAAUUUAUUUACGUAAAUAAAAUCGUCUACAUAUAUACCGUGCUUUUACACAAGAUGCGAGUUAUAUAUAUGUAAGUUUUAUAUGCUUACGAUAUAUCUAAUAAAUUUACUGUUUGUGCAAUA